CUCUGUUUUGUAAUUUGACAGACAGAUGGAAGUCAUGAGUUGGUUGCACCAACUUUCCCCGCUAAUCUUUCAAAAAGCAAAUGCACCGCAAAUUUAAGGAUUAUCGAAAUCAAUGCAUUAAAUGGCAUCAGUUAUGCCAUACCUGACCCUGUGGUGAACUCCGUCAUUGCAGGAGGACCCCACCCUCGAGCGACACUUCAAGGGCCACAAAGAUGCUGUCACCUGUUCAGACUUCAAUUCCAACCACAAACAGCUGGCAUCAGGGUCUGCAGAUAAGACCCUGAUGAUUUGGAAUCUGAACCCUAAGGCCAGGGCGUUCCGGUUUGUUGGACACAAAGAUGUCAUCACAGGGAUCCAGUUCUCCCCUGCAGGAGAUCUGGUCGUCUCUGCGUCCCGGGACAAGACUGUACGGCUGUGGACGCCCAGCAUUAAAGGAGAGUCGAUGGUGUUCAAAGCCCACACGGCUACAGUACGCAGUGUCAACUUUUCUCACGACGGCCAGAGGCUGGUGACGGCGUCGGACGACAAGUCUGUCAAGGUGUGGAGUGUCCACAGACAACGUUUUGUCUACUCACUCAACCAGCACACCAACUGGGUCCGCUGCGCCAGGUUUUCACCUGACGGCCGUCUGAUUGCAUCCUGUGGUGACGACCGCACAGUGCGACUGUGGGACACCUCCACCAAACAGUGCAUCAACUGCUUCACAGACUAUGGAGGAUCAGCAACAUUUGUAGACUUCAACACCAGUGGCACCUGUAUAGCAUCCUCAGGAGCAGACAACACACUGAAGAUCUGGGACAUACGGACAAACAAACUGCUCCAGCAUUACCAAGUCCACAGUGCGGGGAUCAAUUGCUUUUCCUUCCACCCAUCUGGUAACUACCUGAUCAGUGGCUCCAGUGACAGCACAGUGAAGAUCCUGGACCUCCUGGAGGGACGCCUCAUCUACACCCUCCACGGACACAAGGGUCCUGUCCUGACUGUGGCCUUCUCCAGGGGAGGAGACCUCUUUGCCUCAGGGGGUUGUGAUGCUCAGGUUCUGAUGUGGAAGACCAACUUUGAUGCGUUUGACUACCGGGAGGUCCUGAGCAGACACAGCCAGCGGGUCACCCCCAACCCCCCUCCUCACCUGACAGACAUCUACCCCCGAGGACCACACCUCCACUCUUCCCAGUCUGGGGCCAUAGAGAUCAGUCCCAUGGUGGCAGACACCCAGACCACUGACCCAGCUGUCAUAGAGGUGGGCCAGGCCCUUUAUACAGCCACCACGGCUGUCAACGGCCAUGCAAACGGGUUGCCAGCACAGCAGGUUGCCAGUACCAGCCUCAACCCCAAUGAAGACUGCCACGGUAGUGGACAGGGUUCGACAUCAGGGUCCCAGUCUGGGCGGAUAGGAGGAAGGAGGGAAGUGGAGGAGGAGGGGGAACAGGAGAUGACGUCCCCUCUGGAGGUGCGCUCAGGCCUCCCCAUGAACUUCAGCAGCACCCUGCAAUGCAUCGUCCAGCAGCUUGACGUCCUCACUCAGACUGUGUCUGUGUUGGAAGAACGUCUCACCCUGACGGAGGACAAACUGAAGGAGUGUUUAUUCAACCAGAGUCAGAUCCUGCUGCAGGUGCGAGGGGAGGAGAAGGACAGAAGAAGAGAAAGUGGGGAGGAAGAGAGGGAGGGGGAGAGCGGAUCCCCUGUCGCCUCAGCCUAAGGUCACCCACCUCCCUCUCCACAGACACACACACACACAGACACACACACACACACACACCCCCCUUUGACUUGUAACUUGGUCCAGUGUGUGUGUGUUUGGGGAGGGGCAGGGAAUCUGGGGGUCCUUAACCUCCACCUUGGUGGUCUUUCUCAGGGGUCAUUGACUUAAUCAAAUCCUCCCUCUAUCUCUCCACUCCUUUAAAGACUAAAGAUUAUUCAAUCCUACAGCACAGUGUGUCUGGGACACUUAAAUGGACUGGGGUGAGUUUGUGUACAUAUACCGGUGUGCGCGUAUGUUCAUCUGUUUGUGUGUGUGUGCGUUUGGAAAAUCUUUGUGAGGCCCCUCCGUAAUGAAAGGUUGAUGAAGUGGAGUGGAGGACAAGACAGCACAGCUGCAGCUAUGAAAACAGCCUGUAUGUCUGUCUGUCUGUCUGUCUGUCUGUCUGUCUGUCUGUCUGUCUGUCUGUCUGCUGUUUGGACAGUGAAGGGAGCAGAGUGGGCCAGGCAGGGCAUUCCUCUGGUCUCCUGAGCCCUGCUCCUGGACAGGCCACCUCACGCCUCUCUCCCUCUCGCUAUGUGUGCUUGUACUAGCUUUUAUUAGUAGAAUCUAUGCAUUAUGUCAUGUGUUGAUUAAGCGCCUGUGUGCGUGUGACCAUGUAACCCCACUGUUGUAUGUGUACGGCAUAUUUUCUCAUGCGUUCCCUUUCAUACUAUGAACUACGUUUAUGAAAAUAAAUUGAGCAUAUUGCACUG